UGGCUGUGUUCAUAUACUGUAGCUAUGUAUAAACUGAACAACAAAAAGAUACACAUCUACACUAUAUUGCCCAAAGUAGUGGGACGCCUCUCCAAAUCAUUGGAUUCAGGUGUUCCAAUCACCUCCAUGGCCACAGGUGUAUAAAAUCAAGCACCUAGGCAUGCAGACUGCUUCUACAAAGCAUUUGUGAAAGAAUGGGUUGCUCUCAGGAGCUCAAUGAUUUAAAGGGUGGUACCAUGAUAGGUUGCCACCUGUGCAAUACAUCCAUCUGUGAAAUUUCCUUGCUACUAAAUAUUUCAUGGUCAACUGUUAAUGGUAUUAUAACAAAGUGGAAGCAACUGGCAACAACAGCAACUCAGUCACGA